GUCGCGAGUCGGCGGGAGCGGCGGGAAGUUCGUACUGGGCAGGAGGCGGACGGGCCUGCGGCUUGGGUGGAAAUGCCUCGUGUGAAAGCCGCUCAGGCUGGAAGACAGGGCCCUGCCAAAAGGCGUCUCGCAGAACAGUUUGCAGCUGGGGAGGUCAUGACUGACUUGUCCAAGAAGGAAUGGAAACUAGGACUGCCCAUUGGCCAGGGUGGCUUUGGGUGCAUCUAUCUUGCUGACACAAAUUCUUCAAAAUCAGUUGGCAGUGAUGCACCCUGUGUUGUGAAAGUGGAACCCAGUGACAAUGGACCUCUUUUUACUGAAUUAAAGUUCUACCAACGAGCUGCUAAGCCAGAGCAAAUUCAGAAAUGGAUUCGUGCCCAUAAACUGAAGUACCUGGGUGUUCCUAAGUAUUGGGGGUCUGGUCUACACGAUAAAAAUGGAAAAAGUUACAGGUUUAUGAUAAUGGAUCGCUUUGGGAGUGACCUUCAGAAAAUAUACGAAGCAAAUGCCAGAAGGUUUUCUCGGAAAACUGUCUUGCAGCUAAGCUUAAGAAUUCUGGAUACCCUGGAGUACAUUCAUGAACACGAGUAUGUGCACGGAGACAUCAAGGCCUCGAACCUGCUCCUGAGCUACAGGAACCCCGACCAGGUGUACUUGGUAGAUUACGGCCUUGCUUAUCGCUACUGCCCAGAUGGAGUCCAUAAGGAGUACAAGGAAGACCCCAAAAGGUGCCAUGACGGGACCCUGGAGUUCACCAGUAUUGAUGCGCACAAGGGCGUGGCUCCCUCGAGACGUGGUGAUCUGGAGAUCCUCGGAUACUGCAUGAUCCAGUGGCUUAGUGGUCGUCUUCCUUGGGAGGAUAAUUUGAAAGAUCCUAACUAUGUCAGAGAUUGCAAAAUUAGGUACAGAGAAAAUAUUGCAGGUUUGAUGGACAAAUGUUUUCCUGAUAAAAACAAGCCAGGUGAAAUUGCUAAGUACUUGGAGACAGUGAAGUUACUGGACUAUACUGAAAAGCCUCCCUAUGAGAAUUUACGAGAAAUUCUCCUGCAAGGACUAAAAGCUAUAGGAAGUAAGGAUGACGGCAAACUGGGGCUCAGCGUUGUGGAGAACGGAGAUCUGAGAGCAAAGCAGGUGUCCAAGAAGAGAAAAAAAGCAGUGGAGGAAAGUCCAGUGUCCGUUGUCGAAGAGAUGGAGUGCUCCAGCUCGCAGACGGAGGAGCCCAUGCAGACCCGAAGUGAGCACUGCCAAGGAGCCAUGCAUCGCAGCAUGUCCCAGCCAGAGGCUAGCAGCAGCAGCUCUGACAGUGAGUGGGAACAAAACCAAGGGGCAUAUUUAAGGACAGGAUAAUAGUUUUGCUUUGAAAAAGAAAUCCGUGAAAUUUACGGAUGGUGCUUUCACCGGGCAAGUUCUGCCUUGUCCUGGUCACACUGACACCUGUUGGGUAGAAGGGGUCACGGCUGGGCGUGAGAAGACACUCGUGGCUUUUCUCUGCUUGCGGCCAUUUCCUGAGCAACAGACUGACUUAAUUUUGAAGAAAAUGAUUUUAAAUUCUAAUGGAAUAUAAAAAAUGCUUUUUAUAAUCUAAGAUUUUAAUGUGAGACCCUCAUACUGAUGGUUUUCUUAUGGAAAAAGUACAUUCCUGUUUUUCUUACUUGUUAAUGACAAAGAGAAUAGACUCAUA